GUGUGGCGGAUGGGGAGCCCCUGCGCGGGGCCCCGGCCCCUCACCCGUCCCGGCGGGGUCGGAAGGGCGUCGAGGUGAGGGACACCGCGGGGAGGAGGGGAAGAAGGAGAGGGUGGCGGUGACCCGCUCGGGUCGCCGAAGUGCCCCGUGUUGUCGAGGCGAAGAGUCGCGCCGUGUCACGGGGCGGUGGGGAACGCUGAACCUUCUUACCGAAACGGUUGUGGGCACGCUUGUAGUCCGGCAUCCAGCCAUGGGCCAACUUGACUGGAGGGUCUUUGCUUGCCCGGGCUUUGGAACAGGAGCCAGGCGUUGUCCGAGGAGCUGUCAGAGCGGUCAGAGGUGCUUGUUCUUAUAAACGGGAAGAACCGUCCAGUGUAAAUCCAGACUUACCAGAAAUGCCGUGUUUUUCAUGGCUCUGUGAAAGUGCUUCACUCUGAACUAUUUGUUUACCUUGAAUUCUCCACUGCAGGAAAUGCGCGGUUAUUCGCUAUAAGACACAUGGAGUGUGGUGCCGUACCGGUGUCUGCUGCAAGUGCUACUUCGAGACAGCAUACUGUCUAAACGUUCCUUAGCCGGCGUAAGAAAAAGAGGAAAAAAGUUAAAUAAGGAUCAGUACGGCUCCAGAGAAAGGAGGCUGGGAGGCUGCUUUGUUAAAAAUCGGAAAUAGUUUACAAACUUUCCUUUUGAAGUGCUGCUUUGAUUUUUAAGCCUCGCUGUUAUGCCUGCAGGACUUGGAGUUUCCACAUCAGUGUUUUGUUGGGUUGUUUUCUUUAGGAAAAAAUCAAAAGGAAAAUAUGGCUUAAGAAAGCAGUAAAGCAGUACAUCUGCCUUCUAGUUCUGUCUUAAACUUUUAGUUGUUCAAGUGCCACGAUUCCUAUUUUCUUUAGAUAUUAAACAGGUACCCUGAACUUGCUGAAAAUCGGUUGUUAAACUGUCAACUGAUGUAAAAGCCAGAAUAUUAAUGGGACACACAAGCACACACACGGGUGUGUAUGUAUAUCAGUAAAACUAUGCACUGCAUUUCUACUCUAAUGCUUGAGAUAGACUGACUGGUUUUUCACUUAUAUGCCAAGUAAUUAAUUACGGAAGUAGUGACUUAGGGGAAAAGAUUUCCUUUUGUUUAUAUUUAGAGUUACAAUUUUAAAAUUUAUCAGCUGUGACAAUGAAUCUUAAUUUCUUGUUUAUAUGGAAUGCGAAUGGAAGAAAACCAUCUAUUUUCUUGGCUUCUAAGUUGUUAGGUUUUGACAUCGAGUACUUUUUCAGCUCAUGAGUUAUCCCGAAAUGUACAUUUUGCCAGCCAUUCUUUAGUGAAACUAAAGAAACAAGCACAUCAAUAAGGUUGAAAUAUGGUUCAAUGGAAAAAAAAAAAAAAAAAUUCCUAUUCCUUAUAUCUUUAUUUCUAGCUUGUGAAACUUUGGCGCAAGAAAAGACUUUUGUAUAUCUCUAUUUUCCCAGACAACUUAAUGCUUUAAGUAGUGCUAUUCUGUAUGUUAGUACUUGUUAUUUUGCUUACUACUUCAGCUCAGGUCUGCGCUGAGAACACAGCGGGGCUUGAUCUCUGAAGUGCUGGUCAACUAAUUCACUGUUUCUUUGUGUGUGCGCACACAACUGAACCUCGGGAGAGAAGAACGCAGAAACCAGCGCUGAAUAACUUUCUUUAUGGGAUUUUAACGUUUUGGAGCAUUUGCUUGUACUAUUUUGUUCCAGCUGCAGCUUUCUAGUAGGCAUGGAAAGGAGUACGCAGUAGUUUUUAUUUCUUCCACCGUUGUCUGUCAUUUCACUCCUGUUUUUAACCUGAGCUGUACUAUCUUGCCAAGUCUUAGUUCAAAGGUAAAGUUUCUAAAUUUUGUGCCUUGAUGUAGUCUCAGUGCUCCACCUUUUAAAAUAUUCGUGCUGUCAGUAUGCUGCUUGACAUUCAGCUGAAGUUUUCUUGGUCUCAGUUUUGUACUUUUAGCUUUUUUCCAAGUCUUUUCAGGUAUUUCUGUCUUUUUGACCAACUCUGCAUUUUGUUUUCCUCACAUUUUCUUCAAAGAAAGCCUUCUCCCAUGUCAAGAUGUUUCCUCCCCCUCCCCCUUCCACCCUGUCUCCUUUCUCCACACAUCUAUGUAGGUGGGAAAAUGUCAUGCUGGCUUGGCUGCUGGUGGGGGCGCUGGGAUUUUAGGGGUUUUCUCUUCAAGGUGCUGAUCUUGCGCUUUCGUAGAAUCGUGUUGCUUUUGCAUGAAGAGCUUGAUUGUGCAACCCUGGUUUACUCAGUGGUCGUCCUGAAAUCAGCAGACUGCUUUUGUCCUCAGUCCAGUAUCUGCUUACAUUGAGGCAUGUCAGUAGUUUCACUCUCGAUAACAUCUUUAAAAUGGAGAAAGUCAGAUUUUCUGACCAUAUAAUAUUAAAAGGAAGAAAAAAUAAGGCACAGUGUUUACAUAGUGGCUUUAACAAAACCAGAAAGGGUCGACCUGUCAGACCCCUCUGACUGACAGCAUUGCUGUGUGUGACAGCGCUGUGGGAAGGCAGGUUUUAGUGUUCUUUUCUGGCCUGCUGGCAAGGACCGUUACUAAUAUGUUAUGCAGGAGAAUCUAUUCCUGUUAGCCCAAACCCAGAAAGAUGAGUCUUGUCUCUUAAAAUCCUGUCUAACAUACUUAAUUCUUGCAGCACACUUCACAUAGAUACUUUAAUAGUUCAGGAAGAAUUAACAUAUAUAGUUUACCUCUUGAAAUUUAUGUGAAUUUUAUCAGUGUUAGAAAAGCUCAGCUUUGAGCUUCUUUUAGGGGGAAAACAAGUUGUCAGACUAAGAGAAGGCAUAGGGUAGCACUAGUGGUCUUAUUUAUAAAGACAGAAUAAAAAGCAAAGUAUAAAAAGACUGCCUUUUAGGAGGAGUGAAUAUUAUGGAUGCUAGCAAGCUGAAAAAGUUCAGCAAGCCAUUAUUUUUGUGAUCUGUUGACCACAGCACACAAGGGAUCUCGACCUCCCAUAAUACACUAUGGCUGGUACUUAAUCUGGGAGUUGCUGAAUGGGUAUCCAGAGGUCAUGGUGCUUGAAAUUCUUCAGUGCAGUGAGCAUGGGCUGGAGACAACUCUGAAUUGCAGAUUGAAAUACCACGGACAGAAAAGAGUUUGGAUGAUGUGUUUUGCCACCAUACCUCUGCAAUUUCAGUUUUAACAAUGGAUAAGUGUAAACACAUAGGACAUCUGCGACUGGCCCAAGAUCACUCCAUUCUCAAUCCUCAGAAAUGGCAUUGCGUGGACUGCAAUACUACCGAAUCUGUCUGGGCAUGCCUCAGCUGCUCACAUGUGGCGUGUGGAAGAUACAUUGAAGAACAUGCACUAAAGCACUUUCAGGAGAGCAGUCACCCGGUGGCAUUGGAAGUCAACGAGCUGUACGUUUUCUGUUAUCUCUGCGAUGAUUAUGUUCUUAAUGAUAACGCAACUGGUGAUUUAAAACUGUUGCGAAGUACAUUAAGUGCAAUCAAGAGUCAGAACUAUGAGUGCACUACUCGAAGUGGGAGGACUUUACGUUCUAUGGGUACAAGUGAUGAUUCUUACCUUUCACACGGUGGUGCCCAAGCCUUGCUUCGGAAUGAAGAUCGCAUGUUCACAGCUCUUUGGCACCGUCGGCAUGCGCUCCUGGGGAAAAUAUUCAGAUCCUGGCUUGAGGUGACACCUACUGGAAAAAAGAUUUUGGAAGAAGAAAGGCGUCUGGAAGAAGAGGAGAGAAGGGAGAAAGCUAGGAAGAGAAGACAAGAACGGAAGCGUGAGUUGAAAGCGGAGAUGGAAAAGAUGCCUCCAAGAAAGAGCAGUCGUUUACAAAAUCAGAUUAGAAUGUCCUCAAAAUCAGCGCCCUGCCUGCAAAAAACAUCACAGAACAUGAAAUCUGCAGCAGAAUUGAAAGAAACCUAUACCUCAGAUGAAGUAAGAUUGAAAAAAAGUGACUCUCCAAUGAAACGAAGGCCCACGGUGACUCCGGGGGUAACGGGACUGAGAAACCUGGGCAAUACUUGCUAUAUGAAUUCUAUCCUGCAGGUAUUAAGUCACUUACUUAUUUUUCGAGAAUGCUUUUUAAAGCUUGAUCUCAACCAAACUCAGGAACUGCUGGCAACAGCAACCAAGGGCAAAACCAGAUCUUCAACUAAACACCUGUCAAUAGCUGCCUCAGCAUUACAUGUGAAUGAGAACCAAGAGAAAGUAAAGGGAUCAUCUUCUGUGAGGCGGCCCAGUUUAUCCUCUGGCUUAAGUGGAGGAGCAUCAAAAACUAGAAAUAUGGAACUUAUUCAGCGCAGGGAGCCCAGCUCAAAGCAUAUUUCUCUCUGUCAUGAGCUGCAUACUCUGUUCCAAGUUAUGUGGUCUGGCAAGUGGGCACUGGUGUCUCCUUUUGCCAUGCUUCAUUCUGUGUGGAGACUAAUUCCAGCCUUCAGAGGAUAUGCCCAACAAGAUGCUCAGGAAUUUCUUUGUGAACUUUUGGAUAAAGUGCAGCAGGAACUGGAGACUACGGGGACCAGAUAUCCAGCAGUCAUCCCUGCUUCUCAAAGAAAACUUAUAAAACAGGUUUUGAAUGUGGUUAACAAUGUUUUUCAUGGACAGCUAUUAAGUCAGGUUACAUGCCUUACCUGUGACAAUAAAUCAAAUACCAUAGAACCUUUCUGGGACCUGUCCCUGGAGUUUCCUGAGCGGUAUCACUGCAACGGCAAGGAGAUGUCAUCUCAGUACCCAUGUCUGCUGACAGAAAUGCUGGCCAAGUUUACAGAAACUGAAGCUUUGGAAGGAAAGAUAUAUGCAUGUGAUCAGUGCAACACAAAACGAAGGAAGUUUUCUUCUAAACCAGUUAUACUCACAGAAGCUCAGAAGCAGCUUAUGGUGUGUCGACUACCUCGGGUUCUCAGAUUACACCUGAAACGGUUUAGGUGGUCAGGGCGCAAUCAUCGUGAAAAGAUUGGCGUACACGUUAAUUUUGAUCAAAUGCUGAACAUGGAGCCCUACUGCUGCAGAGAAUCCCUCAAGUCCCUCCUGCCCGACUGCUUUAUCUAUGACUUGUCUGCUGUGGUAAUGCAUCACGGGAAAGGAUUUGGCUCCGGGCACUACACUGCCUACUGCUACAAUUCAGAAGGAGGAUUUUGGGUACACUGCAACGAUUCGAAACUCAACAUGUGCACUAUGGAAGAAGUAUGCAAGGCUCAAGCCUACAUUUUGUUUUACAGCCAACGACGUACUCAGGCAAACGGACAUGGUAAAGCACCGCGUCCUAGCACAGCUGAAAUCCAGCAGCACGCAGAAUUAGCUGACUGUUCCAUGAUCAACAGUAUCAGCUAAUCCAAAGCCAGUUAACUGUAUGUAUGGUAAAAGGUUGAAUUGUCCUAACUAUAUAUUUUUAAAUGAAAGUACAGUAUUGUACUUUUUUUACUUCGUGGAUCUGUGUACAAUGUUUAUAUACUUUUGUAUUAGUUAAAGUACUCUUUACAAUUGUUAGUAAAAGUUUUUAUUGACAGUAAGUAACUUUCUAAGUACCUAGAAUUUCAAUACAACUAUUUUUUUAAGAAAAAGAUUGCUUUUUAAGAAAAAAAUUUGCAUUUAACUCUUACCUCAGGCUGUUUUUUAAGGCUGGUUUUGUAUUUUGAUAAUCUUUUUGAAUUGGUUUAGAAAAAUGACUUGCAACGGGCAACUGAUGUUUCUCUGGUUAAUUUUCUAUGUAUGCUCGUGUACAUUUUAUAGUAUAGUUCUAAUGAUAUCACAAUUGUUACUGUCUGCAGGAAUUACUAUUAGGUCUUAGAAUAUUAACAUUCACCAACGAGGAAUGUUCUACACAUCAAAUAGUAACUGAACUUUUCAUAGGAAACAUUUCUGUAUAUUCUUCACAACUAAAGUGAAAUUAUUUUGUAAGCUUCAAAGGGAGCCUUCAAGGGAGCUACACUAAAGAUAUGUCUAUAGACUUUCUUAAAAUCUGAAAUUGAGGAAGUAGAACAUGAACUUAUUUUCAUGUAAGUAUUUAAGAGAAAUGUUUGAAAACACAAGAAUGUAUCUUUACCCAGACUUCCAUGUUUUAGCCUUAGGAAGUCUGACAACUUAAACUCAAGUGCCAAAUUCAAAGUACUUUGACAACCAGGGGCUUUUAAUUCCAGUAAAGCUUUCUUAAAAAAAAGCCAAGCACACACAAACAAAACCACACUCACCCACCCCACUGUCACUGCUACAAGAACAUUCGGCAUUGGACAAGGUUACUUUAAACUGUAGCAAGCCUUGUAUGUCUCGUUAAUCUUUGAGUCAAACCAAUGAAAAGAAGCUGUAACUGUUGUACAAAAGCAUUUUCAAUAUCUGACUUGUUUCAUUACCUACAACUGCUGUGCCUUCUCCACGGUCCUACCACUAGCAUUAACACAGCUAUGCAUCGAGGAGACUCCAACAAGCAGGAAUUAUCAGUCCUCCGCAUACAGUAGUUAAUGCCAAGUAAAUUUGAAUUGUGAAGUUAUUUUGCGUAAGUCCUAUGCAAAUUGUUACCUCAUCUUCUGCAAAGUUUAUACCUCAAUAAAAUGCCUUGAUGUGGACAGAAAA